AUUCCUCACAACACACUCACUCACUCUCUCUCUCUCACACACACAUCCCACCAAAAAAAACACACACACACCAAAAAAAUGAACACCAAAAUAGCAAGCCUAGCAAUUCUUGCACUAGCAAUGCUAGCCCUGGCCCAAGUGGAGGUGGCCACCGCCGUGACGUGCAACCCGCUGCAGCUCAGCCCGUGCGCGGCCGCAAUCACGUCGGGAGGGAAGCCGAGCACCGCCUGCUGCGCCAAGCUCAAGGAGCAGAGGCCGUGCCUGUGCCAGUACAUGAGGAAUCCCAAUCUACAGAAGUUCAUCAAGUCCCCUGGUGCAAAGAAAGUGUCUAGUGCUUGUAACAUUCCCUACCCUAAAUGCUAAAUUAAUUAAAUAUUAUCAUUACUACUAUUACUAUAAUAAUUAUUGAAGUGCGACUUGUUUUAGUCUUAUGAGUAUUGAGUAUAACUUGUGGUUGUACUAUGGUAUUACAGUUUAUAUGUUUUUAUUUUCUAUGAAAAUGAUGAUUAUUGAUGA